AUGGAGAAGAAGUUAUGGACAGAGAAGAUGUUAAGUAAGAAGGAGAAUAAAUUAAGGAAGGAGAAGAAGUUAGGGAAAGAGAAGAAGUUUGGGAAGGAGAAGAAGUUAAGAGAAGUUUUGGAUGGAGAAGAAGUUAAGGAUAAAGAAGAAAGUAUGGAUAGGGAAGAAGUUUGGGAUGGAGAAGAAAAUGAAGUUAUGGAAGCAGAAGAAUUUAAGGAGGAUGGAGAAGAAGUCAGGGAAGGAGAAAAAGUUAAGAAUGAAGAACAAGUUAGUGAAGGAGAAGAAGUUAAGGAUGGAGAAAUAGUUUGGGAUGGGGAAGAAGUGAAGGAAGGAGAAGAAGUUAAGGAAGAGGAAGAAGUUUUGGAUGGAGAAGAAGUUAAGAGUAAAGAAGAAAAUAUGGAUGGGGAAGAAGUUUGGGAUGUAGAAGAAGUUAAGGAGGGAGAAAUGAUUAUGGAUGGAGAAGAAGUUAAGGAAGGAGAAUAA